CGAAGAUCCCAUUGGUAUAAAUAAACAUGCUCUCAAAUUCACUUUUUGUCACAGGGCCUAUAAAAGAAGGAGAGAAGAGGUGCAGUCUAGACAGGAGUGACUUCACUUGGGCAAAAUGAAGCUUCUAGUGCUGACUGUUAUUGGGACAUUACUGGGCGCUGCCUGGUCCCGUCCUGGGGUGCCUGAUAGUGACCCACUGCAAGCGGCCUCAUGUAGUGACUCACAAGUAGCCAUUGCAGCAGAUCUAGCUGUGCGGGAAAUUAACAAGAGGCAGGAUGAAGGCAACAUCUUAGUCGUGUAUCGCAUUAAUGAUGCUCACAUACAGAACAAAGAUACGGGCAACACAUUUUACCUUGAUAUUCAUGUUGUGGAUACUGAAUGUCCUGCAGUUAGUAGAAAAGAUGGUAAAGAAUGCAACACCAAGCCGGCCCAUGAAACACUUUAUGGAGACUGUCAUGCAGUGAUACACAUUAACAGAGUAUCCCGUGAAGUCCUCUUGCACAGCUAUGCCUGCACUCUCAUAGCACCUUCAAGCAAAACUGUCUUGUCGAUGUGUCCAGACUGUCCUCUGCGAGUCUCUAAAGGAAAUGACAGACUGAUGGGUUACGCAAAACAAACACUUUUUAAAUAUAACAAAGAAAGCAACAACUCCAGAGCAUUUGCUGUGAAAGAAAUUUUAAGAGGCAACACACAGCUUCGUGGGGUUUCUUUCAAUGUCGAGUACACGAUCUAUGAAACAGGAUGCACUAAAGAAAAUCUGACUGCAGAUUUUAUAUGUGAAAUUGAAAAUCCUGACAAACAAUUUGGACUCUGCAAAGGUUCUGAAAUGGUAAUUGCUGCAGGGCCGACUUCUUCAGUGAAUUGUGAAAUCUAUACAACGCAGGAUAUGCAUAGAUCUGAACAUGAACAUGGAAAAGGGAGAGAACAGCAGGGUGGACAUGGCCAUGACAAAAAAGACAAAGACCAGCAAGAAGGAAAACAAGAACACGUACAUGGGCCUGGCUGCCCAACAUUUCACCAGCGCAAUCAAGGAUCUGCUGAACACGCAAACCGUGGGCCCAGCCAACAGCAAGGUGAUCACCAUCGCUCCACUCGUGAUGUCGAAUCUCACAAAUCAUCUAUCGGCUCUGUGUUCAUUCUUCCCCAGACAACAGAUCCCAUUGAUUUACCAGAGCCUAUUCUAAAGAUUCCAGAGUCUGCCAAGAAAACCGACAUCCUUCCUUUUCCUAACAAAAGCAGAAGUUCUAACGUGUGCCCUGGCGAGCCGAAACUGCCAAUAAAGUGGAUUUCAGAACUCCAUGCAGUUUCCAAAUAAUACUAAGCAUUGCAUGUCCCAAUCACCCUUUUAAUCAAAGGUGAUGAUAUUUCAGGAUAUGGGAAAUAGCCUCUUAUUGUAAAGUAAAGCAUACUGUAUUGUUUAUAAUGUGAAGGUUCUAGAGCAAAAAUGAGCAAAAUGAAAAUAGUGAAAAUUGUCAUGUUAACAUUAACUAUGAAUUAAUUAGAAAAAAUAAUAAAAGUGCCCUCUUGGGAUAAAUAUUAAGUAAA